AUGAUGGAAUUUGUUACGGCUGGGUUCCGCAACUUUUCGGAAUUUGCAAGGUGGAAGUCUAGUUGUCUUCUUCAUUCUUUCCUGAAAAUUUGUUUGGAUCGUGUGGAGGCGGCCAGGAGACUAAAGACCAAAGGACUUAGUGACACUUAUCUCCGGGAGUAUCAACGAUUUGUCAUUUGGGUAAUAAAGAAUAACCGUAUGCCGGACCCAAUGCAGCGACCCUUUCGUUUUACCACAAGAGACAAUGUGGAUAAAUAUUACAUCCACGACUUUACAAAGAGAGAAUUUGGCACCCAAAAUAGUCGCUCUCGGGUCCAUCAAGCGAUACAAAGGUUUUGGGAUUCAGUAGAGUCUUCUUUUUUUAAAGAUUUUGACACCCUAUCACCUUUGAUGGAUGGCGAAGCUAAAAAAUUCAGAGUAAAAGACAGUGAAGCAGUUGAAGCAAGUGUAAUAGAGCAGCAGCGAUAUUACGAUUCAAUCAAAGAAGACAAGUUUGGAGGAACAGAUCCUUUCAAAGGCCUGAAGGCCGACCUUCUUACUAGUACUGAAAAGAUGAAGGUAAUGACCUAUAUUCUAAAUGAUCGACCAGAUUGGAAGGACAUUGGUUGCUCUUUCAAUUGGGGCUGCAAUGCAGGUUUGAGAGGAGAUUCCACGAGGUCUCUCUGUUUUAAAGAUUUGUAUAUCAGCCAUGGAUUUGCUCCAGGACAAGGAAGGAAUCUGACUGCCAUCUUAAGGAAAGAUGAUCAAAAAAGUGACUUCACUACGGAUCGCCUAGUUGGGGUCCUUCGGCAUCGCCAUUACUUGCUAUGUGCCUCAUUCAUGACAUCCAUGAAUGUAAUUCGGAUACUGCAAUUACGUAGCAACGAGGUUCACUUCAAACGUCCGAACAAAAAGAGUCCAGCCGAAUUCUGGCAAAUUCCUUUUGUCGAUUUUACGAAGCUUGCUGACGAAGAAAAUGCCAUGAGAGAGAUUUACGUCAAGACUGGUGUAGAGUCUUGCAAAGUGACCCAUCACCGAACACAUUGUGUAAUGCAUGCUAGUACUGAGGGUUUACAACAGUAUCAAGUUUCAACCCUCACCAAGCACAUGAACGACAAGCUAACAAAAUCAUACUGGGCUGAAAUGGAACGAAGAUCGAUGACUGUGAUGGCUGGAUUUGACAUGGAUGAAGCCUACAAUGUCCUACGAACGCAGAUUGGAUUGCCACUUUUAUAUAUAUAA